CGAUGAGCAGGAUUCGCCUGUCUUUCUUGUUGCUCCUCGUGGCUGCUGCACUGCUUGCUGUUGCAUUGGUGGAUGGGGCCGUGAUUCGGGAGGAUGAGGCGGGAAACGUGUUUGUGAACACAACGUCCCCUUCACAGGCGGUGCUGGUGAAUGGGGUGGAUGUGAACGGGCUCAUUGCCGGGCUGGAGCAGCGCAUCGCCACCUUGCAGACGCUCGUCGACGUGUACCUCAACCGCACUGGCAAUGGCAAAGGUGGCUUUGCAACUACAACGACAACAACUGCGGCAGCAACAACGACCAUAGAGCCCCAGUGCACUCCUGACCAAGUGAUGGACACGACAACCAUCUCCGGGUUUGAGCCAGGCAACACGGGGCUGUGGUCUGGUGGCGUGUUGCACCCAGACACGGGCAUCAUCUUCGGCAUCCCUUAUGCGGCAAGCUCGGUGCUGGCCAUCGAUACGACGACGGACACGGCGGACAACACGUCCAUGCUGGUAUCUUCCGGAGACGCAAAGUGGUACGGCGGCGUGCUUGCUCAGACCGGCCUCAUCUACGGCAUCCCAUACAGUGCAGAGAGCGUGCUGAUCAUCGACCCGCUCACGCAAACGGUGGACGAGACGACCAUCACCGUCAGCUCCAACCCCGACCUUGAGGCCAAGUGGGUUGGCGGUGCCAUGGCUGAUGACGGGCGCAUCUUUGCGAUCCCACUCAACGCCGACCCGAUUCUCAUCAUCGACCCAAGCGACAACACCACCUCAGAGAUUUCUGGCCUGCUGGCUGGCGGGUCCAAGUGGCGCACGGGCGCCCUGUUCACAGAUGGCCUCAUCUACGCGCCGCCAAACGAUGCGCAGAGCGUGCUUGUCAUCGACCCCAGCGAUGACUCAUACCAGACGGUCUCAGUGUCGGGCAGCUCCGGGCGGGCGUGGUCGGGCGCGGUGGUCCACAACGGCUUCAUCUACGCCAUGCCCUUUGCAGCGGAGGGCAUCCUGCGCAUCUCGCCGGAUGGGGCGUCAACUGAGACGGCCUUUGUUGGCAGCUCCUUUGAUGCAAAUUGCUGCCAGUACAACGGGGCAGCCGUGAGCGCGUUUGAUGGCAAGCUGUAUGCGAUGCCGCUGCACGCGAGCGGGAUUCUCGUGUUUGAUCCCAACAACAGCAACGACAUUGACGACACGUCACUUGUUCCCGACGGCAACGGCUGGUCCGCCACCAUUGCGGCUCCCAAUGGCAAGCUGUAUGGCAUCCCGGGCAGCGCCACCUCCGUGCUCAUCAUUGACCCCCAACAGAUUGCCCUUUGCAACAUGUGACCUGCGAUGCGAUGUGUGUGUGUGUGCGUGUGUGUAUGUUUCUGUGUGUGUUGUAUGUGUGUAUGUGUAUUCUUGUGUGUGUGUGUUUCUGUGUGUGCGUCGCAUCUGUGUCCAUACUCUGCUGCUGCUUCUGCAGGCCGGCCCCACGUUCACAACUGCCCGUUCGUGGCGUUCGUCAUUGCGAUCGUCGCUCCUCUCCAUCUCCUCUCCAUCUCCUCUUCAUCUUUGCC